AUGCCUCAUGAAAGAAAAGAUGUGGAUUAUUCCGGCGCAGGUCAGCCCGCUACCCACGCUGAGGCUAUGGGGAUUCUCACAGGGUUUGCGCGCGCGGCUGUUGACCAUCUAAUUGAGACUAAGGGUCUUGACUCCUUUGACCGAGACGAGGUUAAGAGAGAAGCUGAACGUCAACUGGCCGAAGCCUCUUGUCAGGAUUACAACUAG